AUGGGUAUUGAUUUUUCAAAGAUCUCAUCAUGCUGUUGUUACCAUGAGAGUGGUCUCAAUAACUGGUUGUUUUGGAUUUCCUAUUUAGAAAAUGAAAAGAAAAGUGACGCCCCUAAUGUGCCAUCAUUUCAAGAGUACAAAAUUCAUCAGCUCAGCAAGGCUACUUCUGGAUUUGCUACCGAAAAUAUAGUUUCCGAACAGGGGGAAAAUGCUCCAAAUAUGGUUUAUAGAGGAAAACUGGAGAAUCAAACACUAAUUGCUGUUAAACGGUUCAAUAGACAAGCUUGGCCUGAUGCCAAACAAUUUACACAAGAAGCCAAGGCAAUUAGUCGUCUAAGAAAUGAAAGGUUGGUGAGCCUACUUGGAUGCUGUGGUGAUGGUGAAGAGAGGUUACUUGUUGCUGAAUAUAUGCCCAAUGAUACUUUGGCCACACACUUGUUCCAUUGGGAAACUGAGCCCAUGAAAUGGACAAUGCGACUGAGGGUUGCUCUAUAUGUUGCCCAAGCCCUAGAAUAUUGUGCAAGCAAAGGACGUACGCUAUAUCAUGAUUUAAAUGCUUAUAGAGUCCUUUUUGAUGAUGAAGGAAAUCCCAGAAUCUCAUGCUUUGGUUUGAUGAAGAACAGUCGAGAUGGUAAAAGUUAUAGUUCAAACUUGGCAUUUGCUCCACCUGAAUAUCUCAGGAUAGGUAGAAUUACUCCAGCAAGUGUCACAUACAGUUUUGGAACCAUUUUGCUGGACCUUCUCACUGGAAAGCAUAUUCCUCCUGGCCUUGCACUUGACCUGAUUCGGGAGAGGAACCUUGAUAUGUUGAAAGAUUCUUGUUUAGAAGGAGAGUUUUCAAGUGAUGAAGGGAUUGAAUUUGUGCAGUUAGCAGCAGAAUGUUUGCGAACAGAACCACAGGAGCGUCCUCAUCCCAAUUCAUUGGUUACUGCUUUGAUACCUAUACAGAAGGAUUCUGAGGUUCCUUCUUAUGUUUUGAUGGGUUUACCGCAUGAUGCUACCACUUCAUCCCUUCCAUCAAUUGCUGAAGCUUGUCUGAGAUUGGAUUUGACAGCCUUCCAUGCCUUCCUUGAGAAUAUGGGGUAUAAAGAUGAUGAGGCUACUUCUACUGAGGUGUCAUUGAUAUGGACCUACCAGAUGUAUGAAACAUUGUACCCAAAAAAGAAGGGUGAUGCUACUUUUCGCCAUAAAGAUUUUAGCACCGCGAUUGAUAGCUAUACACAGUUCAUUGAUGCUGGAACCAUGGUUUCUCCGACAGUUUAUGCACGUCGCGGCCUGUGUUAUCUGAAGAACAAAAUGCCAGAGAAAGCACUGAACGAUGCAUUGCAAGCAAUUAAAACUUCCCCUACUUGCUACAUUGCAUUUUACUUACAAGCUAUGGCACUUGUUGCAUUGGGCAAGGAGAAUGAGGCUCAGGUGGCUCUUAAACAGGCUUCUUCACUUGAAAGUAAAACGUACAUAAAUUAG